AUGACCACAAUGGGCGGGGGAUGGACGGCCAUUCAGAAACGCGUAGACGGAUCCGUGAGUUUUGACAGGAACUGGGCGGAUUAUAAGAAUGGUUUUGGUUCACCAGAACAGAAUUUUUGGAUUGGAAAUGAGGCAAUCCAUAAAUUAACAAAAGACAACACCUUAUCCCUUUAUGUGUCCAUCACUAUCCAGAAUGGUACAACACUGUAUGAAAUGUACGACAAAUUCUUUGUCUCCAACGAGGCAGGGAAAUAUCAACUCUCUCUUGCAGGACCUGCCACUGGGACCUUAGGUGACUCUAUGAUAGACACUGGUCGUUCCUGGGCUGAUCUGACUGGGAUGUACUUCUCCACCCCAGACAGUGAUAACGACGGGUGGCCUAGUGGUAACUGUGCUGCUACAUGGAGAGGAGGCUGGUGGUUUAACAGCUGCCGCCGAGCCUUCCUUAACGGUCCAUGGUCCUCGGGGUCCUGGUCCAACCCGUGGUAUCCCACAGUGGAGUACGGGACAUCAGUAAAGGAGACCAGCAUGAUGAUCAGACGUCACUAG